CGGCCGUCCGCCCGCCCGCGGGCUUGCGAGCGGGGAGAAGGGUCGGCGCCCCAGGCCGGUCUUCAAAGUGCGCCAUUUUAACUGUCUGGACGGACCGACCUCCUCCCUUAAGUUAUUAUAAACUUUUUUUGCUGCUGUGCAUCCACGUGAAGAUGUCUCGUAGCCCUGAUGCGAAGGAAGACCCUGUGGAAUGCCCCCUUUGCAUGGAGCCCCUGGAGAUCGAUGAUAUCAACUUUUUCCCUUGCACAUGCGGUUAUCAGAUCUGUCGCUUCUGUUGGCAUCGUAUCCGCACAGACGAAAACGGACUCUGUCCAGCUUGCAGAAAGCCAUACCCAGAAGACCCAGCAGUCUACAAACCACUCUCCCAGGAAGAGCUGCAAAGGAUAAAGAAUGAGAAGAAACAGAAGCAAAACGAGAGGAAACAGAAGAUCUCAGAGAAUCGUAAACACUUGGCCAGCGUAAGGGUCGUCCAGAAGAACUUGGUCUUUGUGGUAGGGCUCUCCCAGCGCCUAGCCGAUCCAGAGGUUUUAAAACGACCCGAAUAUUUUGGGAAGUUUGGUAAAAUACACAAAGUCGUCAUUAAUAACAGCACAUCGUACGCUGGCUCCCAGGGUCCAAGUGCCAGUGCGUACGUAACUUACAUCCGGUCAGAAGAUGCUCUCAGAGCCAUUCAGUGCGUUAACAAUGUGGUGGUAGAUGGCAGAACACUUAAGGCAUCUUUAGGUACAACAAAAUACUGCAGUUACUUCUUAAAGAAUAUGCAGUGUCCAAAGCCCGACUGCAUGUAUUUGCAUGAACUGGGGGACGAAGCAGCUAGCUUCACAAAAGAAGAGAUGCAGGCGGGCAAACACCAAGAAUAUGAACAGAAAUUACUUCAAGAGUUAUAUAAACUAAACCCCAAUUUUCUCCAGCUGUCCACGGGUACAGUCGACAAGAAUAAGAACAAAGUGACCCCACUGCAGAGCCCCAUCGACAAACCUUCAGAUUCUCUAAGUAUAGGAAACGGCGACAACUCACAGCAGAUUUCAAACAGCGACACACCUUCGCCACCUCCAGGUUUAUCCAAACCCAAUCCAGUCAUCCCCAUCAGUUCAUCCAAUCACAGCGCCCGGUCUCCUUUCGAAGGGGCAGUAACAGAGUCACAGUCGCUCUUUUCCGACAACUUCCGGCAUCCCAACCCUAUCCCGAGUGGGCUCCCCCCGUUCCCCAGCUCCCCACAGACUUCCAGCGAUUGGCCAACUGCACCAGAACCACAGAGCCUCUUCACAUCAGAAACCAUCCCAGUAUCCUCCUCGACAGACUGGCAAGCAGCGUUCGGCUUUGGAUCCUCCAAACAGCAAGAGGACGACUUGGGCUUCGACCCCUUCGACAUCACCCGCAAAGCCUUAGCAGACCUGAUAGAGAAGGAACUGUCGGUUCAAGAGCAGCCCUCCCUCUCGCCCACAUCUCUCCAGAACGCCCCCUCACACACUACGACCGCCAAAGGGUCAGGGUCCGGAUUCCUGCACCCGGCCGCCGCCCCCACGAAUGCCAACUCCCUCGGCGGCAGCACCUUCCCCGUCUUGCCCCAGAGGUUCCCUCCGUUUCCACAGCACCGGGCGGUGUACAACUCGUUCAGUUUUCCGGGCCAGGGGGCCCGCUACCCUUGGAUGGCCUUUCCACGCAAUAGCCUCAUGCACUUGAACCACACAGCAAACCCCACCUCAAAUAGUAAUUUCUUGGACUUGAAUCUCCCGCCACAGCACAGCACAGGUCUGGGAGGGAUCCCUAUAGCAGACAACAGCAGUUCUGUAGAGAGUUUAAAUAUGAAGGAAUGGCAGGACGGGCUAAGGGCACUUCUACCCAACAUUAACAUCAACUUUGGUGGACUGCCCAAUGCUUCUUCCCCUUCCAACGCCAACCACAGUGCGCCAACGUCCAACCCUGCCACCACGGACAGCCUGAAUUGGGACAGCCCUGGCAGCUGGAUGGACCCCGCCAUCAUCACAGGUAUCCCGGCGUCCACAGGAAACAGUUUAGACUCUCUUCAAGACGACAAUCCUCCACACUGGCUCAAGUCCCUCCAGGCCCUCACAGAGAUGGACGGCCCCAGUGCCGCCCCGUCCCAGACCCAGCACAGUAACCCCUUCAGCACACAGAUCCCUCUGCACAGAGCCAGCUGGAAUCCCUACUCGCCCCCUUCCAAUCCCACCAGCUUCCACUCCCCUCCCCCAGGUUUUCAGACGGCCUUCAGACCCCCCAGCAAACCCCCCACAGAUUUACUACAGAGUUCAGCACUGGACCGCCAUUAGGGGAAGGAGCCAGCACCGUUAGAAAUGCAGGAAUCAGCCCACCCUGUCUCCACCCUUCCAGUCCAUCCAUCCAUCCAUCCAUCCUCCGUCCCCCCUCUCAUAUCUUUCUUUCUGAAGAAUCCAGUUCCCGAUCCGACUUCUUUUCUCCGCCCCGUCCCCCGCCCCCUCCCCACCCCCCAAAUGCAAUGCGAUCGCAGGGUCAUCACCAUACCUUUUUGUCGUCCGAGUUUCCGCUGAGCUAGUGUCCGAGCGACACUUGAAAUUUUUUCCGAAAAGCCUUUUAAAAAGAAAAAAAAAAAAGAGAGAAAUAAGGGCAGUUUUGAUAUUUAGAGAAUUACCGUUUGUCUUUUGCACAUAAUAAUGAUAUUUUCUGCCUAGCAGAAAAUGACAGUUAAUCUACGGGGAAGGUCAGGUAAAUGCAGAAUCAACUGCAGACGCUGAAGAAACCGGUUCGUUUAAAAAGAAAUGGCCGAACCGCAGUGGAAAGAGCGGUGUCAUCCAGUUUGCAUUCAGGCAUAUCACUGUGCAGAGAAAAUGCUUUUCUUUUCUUUUUUUUCCUCCCCCUUUUUUUCCCUUUUUUCUUUCCCUUUUUUUUUUUUCUGGGGGGCAAGUUGCAGGGAUACUUGAUGAUGUCAGUAAGCCAAAGGGUUGUCAUGAAAGUUGGUCUAAGGAGGAAUAUUGUUCUAUAGCAGUAACUGACCUGUUGCUAGAGAGUUUAUAAAGUUGAGGGGAAGGGAGGGAUGAGAUUUUUUUAAAAACAAAAAAACCCAAAAUUUUGGCUUUAGAUUUAAACAUAAAUGUUUUAAAAGUAUUCACAGAUUUAAUACCUAGCAUAUACAUCAUAUUAUAAGCAGCUGAAAUACGAGUGAUAUUUACUUCAGUCUUUCUAUCUGUCAGUCUCUCUCUUUUUUUUUUUUUUCUCCCCCCCCAAAGUUAAAUUCUGACCAGGGCACUCUGGGAUAACACUGCAUUGGGGCCAUAAGUUCACCAUCAGGAGCGCAACCUUUGACCUCCUCUGCCUGCAGCUUUUACUUAACCCUGUAGUUUCUGGACGUUUGUGCAGUAUUGAAAAGACAGGAUAAAAGAAAAAAAAACAGUUAAACAUGGUUAUAACCUGACGCUAAAACUAAAAACAAGGAAAUGUACCUCUUUCUUCAGAAUUAAAACUAAAAUCUUAAAUAAAACAGAAAACUUGAUGAUGA